AGAAUACAAAUUAAAAAAAUCCAAUAUCAAAUAAAAAUACUGUAAAGAGACAUGUAAAUCAUAAAUGACUGCCUCCAAUCCCAACAAAAAUUUCCAUACCGAGGCUAUUAUUCAUGGUGCUGUUACCAGCUUAAUAAGUAAUUCGUGUUAACUCAAACCCAAAUUACUAUAAGUCUAAAUAAAUAACCUAGAAUCAAGUUAAAUUCAAAGAUUUGUCCGACAAGAAAACAAAUCUAUUUGACCAUCUUUCUAUUAUUUUGCUUUGUACUUCAAAAUCCCAGCACAUCCCCAAAAUAGGUAAGAGUACAACAUCAAAUCUGCCACAUCCCUUGAUUUUAGGCGAAAAUAACGCAAUCCAACAUGUUCAACACACGUUUCCCGUUUGCCCACCUUGGACAGCCACCAACCACCACCAUUGCAACUCGUAUUCCAGUCCCCAGGGAUGGAACUAGGAAAAGCGACCUUUUUUUUCUUACACCCUAAUUUGUGUUUUUUUUUCUUUUUCUUUUUCUUUGCGAAGGGAUUUAGGAUAGUUUCUUAAGCCUUAUUUGGCAUAGUAAUUUGAAAUUAAUGAUUAGUAGUCUUGUCUAAAUUACUAAGGAUAAAUGUCUGAUGAAUUU